ACAUAAGAUCGCCCCGAACUUCAUAUUUCAUUUAUGUCCCCUCUGAUAUACAAAGAUUGGGCGGCGAUUGCUAUUUUCGCCGCAAAUUUGCUGAUGAUUGGUAUGGUGAAGUGGAAAGUUAGUAGUUCAUUCACGUGGAGGGGGGGGGGGGGUGUUUUUGGCAACGCCCUCAGGGUGGGUACCUUAAAUUCAAACAGCUCCCAAUUUACUCUCUAUUUCUAGGAUACAUUUGCUGGGGGAGUAAUGCGUUAUUAUGUAUAACUUUUGCUACAUUUUUUAUAUAUUUAUUUUAGCAAUGCCAUUUUCAUUUAUGAAUUCCCAGCUCAAAAUUCUUUUUUUUUUUGGGGGGGGGGGUCUAAUUUAGAAAUGGAUAGUAAAGCAAGAAUCAGCCAUUUGAAUUUUGAUGUUCAUAUUUUGGAUGCAUAUAAUCUGUGGCUUACAGCUGGAUGACCAAGUACAUUAGAGCUACAUGUGUUUUUCUUGGAAAGAAUGCCAGUCUGUUUUGUACCACCCUGAUAAAACUUUCCCAUUGUUAGGUGUGUCCUGAGAUAUUCCUGUCCUAGCUUGACGACAAGGAGGAAGUGACUUACUGGAGGAAGUGAAGAGUGUGUAUAUUCAGAAAUGGAUGACAGUGACACGUCAUCGGAUGAUGAGCCGCUGGCCAGGUUGCUACCACCAUCCUUGGCAACAACCCCAACAAAGACACUAAGAACAUGCGCAGAAGCGACAUCUGAUGAUGACCAGCCACUGGCUAGCCUGCUACCAGACCUGUCACCGCCACUUGCAACUACACCGACUAAAAGUAAAACACCAAUGAAAGACAAGAAGCGAACUCUGACACCCAAAUCCAAGUCCCUUCCUCAGCCUUCUGCUAAACGGAGACAAAAUGAAACAAAAUGCUCGGCUGUACGAGGAUACCUGCUGGAAAGGCUGGAAGAAUGUCAGCGCGAGGAAGGAAGCCUUUCGCAGGACGAGAUACUCAGUCAGGUGCAAGCUCACUGCAAACAAAUGGCCAUGCAGUGUUCUAACAAGGAGGAGGAGGAAGCGUUGGCAGAGGGUGCCAGGAUAUCAGGGAGGUCACUUUGUAAAAUAACGGCUUCUGUGUUCUCCUAUGACUACGACAAGCACCACAAGAUUCUGAAAGGCUUAAGGUGGAAGCUACCCGUGUUGGGUAAUCUGCAGCUGGGCACAGGCAGCACAGACCAAAUUGAAAACAUUAGAAAACUGAUCGAGAAGGUCGACCUCGAGCUAGAGGAAAGCUGGGCAAGCAUCGCCAAGUUUGGUGGAGAGCAGCAGGCAUCUUCACAGUUUGCGGAGCUGUGGAGUAAAAGGAACAAGCUUGUGUCCACCCUUGUACGGCUGUAUAAGGAACAUGCGGAAAGCCUUAAUGAACACAUGAAAAGUGGGUACCACCUGUCAUUGGAGCAACGAACAAGGCUGUCAGAGGAAAUGAAGAAGUUUGAAAGCAUGGUGAACUUGGGUGUGAGGGACAGAGUCAUUGAUGAAGUGCCAGAAACAUUCUUCAGUCACCUGGCCGAAUCUCUACAUGAAAGCUGUCCCCUCAUACACUCCAUUUUAUGGACAUUAAUUGUAACGGACAGAAGUUCAAAAAACAAGCUGAAAACUGAUGCUGUGAAGCUUAAGAGUGCGACACACGCUCUUUGUGGCCUGCUGGACUUGCGGAGCGCCCGAGCCAGCAAUGACGUGAGCAUUCUGUUUGGCCUUGUCGCAGUGUCUUACGGAGCCGGCAAACAGUUUGUGUCACUGUUACAGCAUCUCGGCUUGUCAGAAAGCUGGGACACCCUAAUGGGCUUCAUGGGGGAGCGACUGAAGAACUUUCAACCCGUCAUCGACUGCAAGUUUGGCGACAAUGGACCUGUCAUAUUUGCGUAUGACAACAUCAACAUCUUCAGAGCCGUGCGUCACAUGAGAGUGUUAAAAGGGAAGCCACGGAUGUGGAACUUCACUGUUCGGAUGGCGCUGAAGCCAGACCUGGAAGGCAUCAAGGAACUUUUCGAAGCAAAGGACACCGCAGAGAUGCCUCAGAAACCCGUGGAAGACGUCAUUGUGGAUGAUGUUUUCAUCGAUACCCAUCCCGAAUUGGCACAGAUAUGGGAAGAGGCCCAGGACAGUUUUUACCUUGAGCUUCUAGACAUAGGUCUGAACCAACUUCCAGAAGACACACGACAACAGUCACAGAAAACCCUGGCAGAACAAAAAGCAUGGAUGUCAGGACAGUCCUUCAAGUCAUCCAAAACCCACGUAAUAAAACACAAACCAGCAGCAAAGCCACUGAAAUGUAAACAAUCGGACAUACUCAUACUUCCCUUGUCAACUGAAAAUGAGGCAACAUUAACUGGAACAGCUUGUAUUGACGAAGAGUUUGCUCGAGAGUUUGGCAUUCCAAUCGAAAGAAGUCAAACCCAAUACUUGCCGUUUAAUGAACACAACAUCCAGUUUGACAUCACAGCAGCCAGAAAGAGGUAUGAAUUCAACCAAAGUAUAAAUCAACACAGGGCAGAUCAAACCGUUCUACUAAACGCCAUUGCAGCCGACUCUUGGGAUGAUGAGGGGGAAGCAGACGUGGCACUGGAAGAAGAUGACGCGGAGGUACCUGUAAACUCUCGACAUCUCAGUUCUCUGAAGCAGAGAUGGAAGGACAGAGACGAGAAAAUGAAAACUGUUCUUUCGAAUAUGGAGGACAGACUUGCCGUUGCAGAGAGAGCAGGGAAUGCAGCAGACACAGCUGAGUUUGCCAAGUACGUGCUGGACUCUAGGGACAGUUGGGAUGGAAUUGUAGAUCAUUUAGAGCGUAGUCUAGUCCACGUAGUUGUAGAGACAGGAAAUGUGAAGCUAUUAAGGUAUCUAGUAGCUGCAGGUGUAAAUGUAGAUAGUGAAGAAGGGUGUGGAGCUACACCCCUUUGUCUCGCUGUACUCAGGCAUGAUACAGAAAUGGUUAAGUGUCUCCUGGAGACCCAGGGAGUAAGCGUAGACGGUAUCACUUUCAUGCAUUUUCCGUCUCCACUAACCCUUGCUAGAAGGACGGGCCAGAAUGACACUAUGUUCCUAUUGGAAAACUAUGUAGCCCCAGCCACUGAAGGUAUAGAUAUUUACAUGCAGUUUUCAGGUGAGGGGGUUGAAAGUGUCAGUGAAGUCGAUACCCUGGCUAGCCAGAUACAGGAAGUUCAUGUCAGUGACGAUGGCUAUGUGUUCCAUAGAAAGAAUGCCCCAAAUGUCACUGUUGGGGACGGCCUUACAACCAAAAACCACAGGCACUGCAGGUUAAGUGACGAGGUUGCAUUUGGCUGGACUGCAGAGAUGCCAGGGGACCUGCAUGCUGCAGGUUAUGUUGAAGAGUGUUUUGCUAAGUCUCAAGGUCCCGGAGGACUCUAUCACAUAACAUCUGAUGUCCUCAAGAGAAAGAAAGUGAAAAAAGAAACGUAUGGUAAGGAUAAGUUUAAGGAGAACAAUUUACAGCUAAUCAGAGAGGCCAAUCGAGACGUGGCUUACGGAUAUGGUCUUUGUGCUGUACUUGAGUUCAAACAGUCUGACAUGUUCCCCACUGAAGUAGAGCUUUCAAGCUGUGGUCCAGAUAAGGGUACACUGCUACUAACUAAGUUUAAAGAGUGGAUAAGUUCUUGUUCAGAAGAGGAUGUGGCAUUUCGCUACAGGAUCCAGUCUGUAAACCUGUUUGGGCCACUGCUAAGGUUGUAUUAUAGUGCGAUUAAGAAUGGGAUAGGUGCUGCUAGAGAGACUGUUUGGCUGUUGUUGUUGCCCAUAUUUGCCCAAUCCAAGAAGAAGAACUAUUGGAUUGAGGCGCUGUCGCAUGUUGUAAACGUGACAGCAGCAUGGCCGAUUGCUACCAGGAUGAUGGUUAGGCAGAAUUGCUCUGUAAGUGUUGAAGGGAAGGCUGGUCACAAUAUUGCAAAUGACGAGUAUGUUGAGUCUUACAUUGUGAAGCCUCUGAAGCAGUAUUGCUCAGGCCAAACAACACUGAAAACUUUGCAGAGGUUGAAUGUGAACCUGCAACUGGUAGGAAGUGCGAGGGCUUGCUACAAAUCCAGAGGUGGCUUUGAUGUUCACCACACAAAGCGCCAUAGUGAACCCUCAGCACUUCCAGACCAGAUUUUGGUCUGCAUGUAUUGCUUGAAGGAGCAGUUCUUUCUCCACAACACUGAACGCCGAAAGGCCAAGGCAUAUCCUUUCAGUGGCAAGUUUGUUCUAAAUGAUUGUAUUGAUGUAUAUGUAAAAGGCCGUGAAAAGGUCAAGGCCAAUUUUGACAGGAAAAUGUACGAUGUGUAUCCUCAGAGGAGGCGAGUUCAAACUGUGUACAGGGCAAAUGUGCCUGCAGAAUGAUAUGUUUUACACUCACUGUAUGUUUUCUCGCGAUGUCUUCAGUUACGUAUAAAUGUUUCUGACAGAAUUUACAUAGUCUCCAAGCAGACCCUACGGUGCCUUAAAAAUAGUAUCAAAGCUGGCCAGGGACUUGGUAUACUGGCACCCG